AUGUCAAAAUCGGAAAUUCUCCAAGAGUUCUCAAGAAGUUCAUAUAUCAUUACUCCUCACAAACCACACGAAGUUAACAUUGCUAUGGAAGAUUUUCAGAAAAUAACAGAAAAUGAAAAUCAGUUGAAGAAAACAAGUAAGAAAAAUGAUGAUGCCGCACAUGACGAUUUAGAAUUGGAUUUAGAUGAUGACAAUUUGGAUUUGGAUGAUCACGAUGACAAAGAUGAUGCUGAUACCAAUCAUGGAGCUCAUGACGAUGAUGUUGAUGAAGACGGUGAUGACGCAAACGACAACUUGGAUCAAGAUCAUGAUAUUGAUGAUGACGACAAUCAUGAAACUAAUGGUGCUGCUGAUGAUGAUGGUACUCAUGAAGCUAAUGAAGAUGGUGAUAAUGAUGUCGAUCAAGAUGACGUUGCUGUUGUUGAUGAAGAUCAUGUCAAUGAAGAUGAUGUUGAUGACAACGACGAUGAUACUGAUGACAGUCAUGAGACUAAUGAUGAAGAUGAUGAUGUCGAUAACGAUGCAAACAUGCAGAAUACUGAAGAAAUUGUGAAAAAUAAACUGAAUCAAUUUGAAAAAGCAUGUCCUGAUCAAGCAAACGAGAAAACACCUGCUAAAAGUACAGAAAUUCCCAAAGAACAGAAAAAUAAUCCAAGGAAACUACUUGUCUUUCGCAUUCUAGUUGAAGCUUUUGAGGCAAUAAAGAAUGCUGGAAUACUUGGAUGA